GAAGGAACAUGCUGAUGCCAUAUCAUGUCCAGUGUGUGGCACAAGUAGAUGGAAGAGCGUAAAUACUGGAGUUGAUGGAAGGCAUGUCCACAAGGUGCCUCAAAAGGUGGUUCGUCAUUUCCCGCUAAAGAAGAGACUCCAAAGGUUGUUCACUUCUACAAAGACGUCAUCAGAUAUGAGGUGGCACAGCGAAGGCUGCACAAAGGACGGCUUGAUACGACACCCAGCUGGUUCACCUGCAUGGAAACACUUUGAUGCUAUUCACAAAGACUUCAGUUCAGAAGUUUGCAAUGUUAGAUUUGGAUUGGGAGCUGAUGGUUUCAACCCUUUUGGAAAUAUGAAUCUCUCAUAUAGCAUAUGGCCUAUCGUCUUGAUCCCCUACAACCUUCCUCCAUGGAUUUGUAUGAAGCAAUCAAACUUUAUCCUCUCUGUCAUCAUUCCUGGUAAAAAAUCUCCAGGGAAAGACAUGGAUGUUUACAUGCAGCUGACCAUAGAUGAUCUUCUGGAUCUUUGGAAUGAUGGAGUCUGGACUUAUGAUGCCUCUCGAUCUAAGAAGUUUAUCUUACGUGCCGCACUACUAUGGACAAUAAGUGAUUGGCCUGGGCGUGGAUCAUCGUCUGGAGAAAAUAUAGUAGUUUGCUCCCAUUGUCUAUCAGAGACAUGCUCUCUUUGGUUAAAGAAUGGACAUAGGAAAUGCUAUAUGGGACAUCGCAGAUUCUUGGAACCUAAUCACGAGUUUCGAUUUGAUGCUGAGUCAUUUGAUGGUUUUGAGGAACAUCGAGAGCCUCCCGUUCCCCUUUCAUCACAUGCUAUUUCAAUAUUGACAAAGGACAUGAAAACUACAUAUGGGAAACUGCAGCAGAAGAGCAGCAGGAAGCGACACCGUAAUCAGGUAGAUGAGAAUGAUAUAAGCGUGCAGCAAGACACUUCAAUAUUCAGAAAGAGAAGUUGCUUCUUUCAGCUGCCAUACUGGGAAACACUUCUAUUGCGUCAUAAUCUGGAUCCUAUGCACAUAGAGAAGAAUGUGUUUGAGAAUAUUGCCCAUACCCUUCUGAAUGUUAGCAAAAGAUCAAAGGAUAAUCUAAAUGCAUGUCUUGACCUACAACAAUUGAAUAUACGCCAAGACCAACAUCCAGAUUUAACUGGGAGUAAACCAUACCUACCUCCAGCAUUAUACUACUUGGAUUCACACGGUGCUAAGAUGUUUUGCCAGGUUCUAAAGGAUGCUAGGUUUCCUGAGGGCUAUGCAUCCAACUUGCACAACAAAGUGGAUAUAGUGAGAAAGAGAUUAAAUGGACUAAAGAGCCAUGACUGUCAUAUUAUAAUGAGUGAUCUGUUGCCCUUAGCCAUUAGGAGAACUUUGCCUGAAGAUGUUUGUAUUCCAUUGAUGCGUUUGUGCAACUACUUCAAGCAAUUAUACUCUAAGGUUAUCAAUGUGAGUGAGAUACAAAAGUUGGAGGAUGAGAUUCCUGAAAUCAUGUGCCAAUUGGAGAAAGUAUUUCCUCCUGCCUUUUUUGACAUCAUGGAACACUUGACCAUUCAUCUUGCAACUGAAGUACGGAUUGCUGGACUGGUGCAUUACCGAAGCAUGUGGGCUGUUGAGAGGUUUUUGGGCAAGCUAAAGAGUAUGAUCCAUACGCUAAGUCACCCAGAGGGAUCAAUAGCAGAGGGAUAUGUUUUGGGUGAUACUCUUACAUUUUGCUCAAGAUAUUUGCAUGGUUGUCCAACCAUAUUCACUCAAACAGGACGACAUAAUGAUUGUAUUGGCCCCAAUGACUCGACAAACCAUCAAACAUACUUGAGAAUAGUCGGUCGUCCUUUAUUUGGUCCUUGUGUUGAAGAACUAGACUACACGUCAUCGAUCCAAGCUCAAAGAUAUGUGUUGGUCAAUUACCCCCACAUUGCUCCAUAUGUCCAACAACAUCAUGAUAUUCUAUCAGCGGGUCAAGGCAAAAGGAUACGUGAUGUAGAACAUGACCAUCACAAUAGUUUCCACACUUGGUUUGCUGACCAUAAGUUAAAGUCUUAGCACAAAAGCCAUAUCGGAUGGUGAGAAAGUACAAUGCCUACUCUAUAAAUGGAUGCACUUUCCACACAAGGGGAUAUGGUGACGGAAAAGAAGCGCAAUGUGACGGAGUAUCUAUGAUUGCAAAGACAUCUAGUUUCUCAAGUGCUAAAGAUAAGAAUCCAGCUUUAGGAGAUGUUGUUUAUUAUGGCCGAAUCACUGAAAUAGUUGAGCUGAAUUAUUUAAACAAAGGCAGCAUGGUUUUAUUCAAGUGUGAUUGGGUCGACAGUGUUCACCCUGAUGCUGGGGUUCGAAAGGACCCAUAUGGAAUAACUGAGGUGAAUUUUAACCAUUUGCUAAGCAGUGGCAGCGACAUAUUUGAUGAGCCAUUUAUCCUCGCAACUCAAGCCACCCAAGUAUAUUAUGUACAAGAUUCUAUAGAGAAGGAUUGGUACGCUGUGGUUCAUCCACC